UGCAGUAAGCAGAUGUAGAGUGGGCGGGGUUUUGUGGUUUUUCCUGAGCCAGGUAAGUGGGAGGGGCUAGCGGUGUGCAAACUCAGAGAGUCAGUGUACACAGUAGCAACAGGAGUGCUGCACCUGUUCCUCUUCUCUGUGUGUGUCUCUCUCUCUCUCUCUCUCUCUCUCUCUCUGUUUCUCUCUGUGUCUCACUCCCCCUUUCAUUCGGGGGAGGGGGGUCAACCAAGGAAUGGAUCCCAAGGAAUGUGAUGGGAAUGACAGAGAGAAUGAAAAAGAGGAGAAGAAAGAGAAGGACAGGAGGAUUAAGAGAAGGCCCUUUCUCAGGUACCUGGAGAGGAGGAGGACGGACACCAUCGUGGACGAUGACUCGGGGAAAGGGGACGUCAACAUCAACACACUGGUGCGCAGGAGCCAGUCCGAUAAGACCGAGUACAGCGCCAAACUUAAAGGAAAACUUGCAACCCAUGAACUCCCAUCUCCCUUACUGGAGCCUGAGGAGAUCCAUCACAGGAAGAUGGUGAAAAGGUCAAAGGUCAUAGAGGAGCUGGUGAGGACGGAGGAGGAUUACCUGAGAGACCUGGAGCUGUGCAUCAGGGAAGUGCUGACACCUCUACGCAACACACAGGUGGUGGAUGUGGAGCGUCUCUUCACCAACAUGGAGUCUGUGAGCGCUGUAUCAGCCGAGCUGCUGCACAGACUGCAGGAGGCCACAGCAGAACCUGAUCCAGAAACACAGCUCAUAGGGGAGGUGUUUAUCCAGGCGAAGUGUGCGCUGGAGGGCGUGUAUAAGAUUUAUUGUUACCACCACGACGAGGCCAGCGCUCUGUUAAAGAGCUACGACACGCAGGAGGAAGCACAGCAGCAAUUCAGGACCUGUAUAUGUGCACUCAAGCAGAUUUACGACCAAGAAGGGAAAUCCAAUCUCCUAGACAUGGGGUCUUUACUCAUUAAACCUGUGCAGCGUGUGAUGAAAUACCCGCUCCUAUUGGCUGAGCUGCAGCAGGCCACGCCCAUCGAUCACCCUGACAACCAGCCACUACAGGAAGCGUUAACGACAUCGAAGAUCAUCAACGCCAACAUCAACGAGUUCAAGAGGAGGAAGGAUAUCGUGAUGAAGUAUAAGAGGAGCGAUGAUGAAGGAACACUGAAGGGGAAACUGAACAAAUUCAACAUCCACUCCAUCAGGAAGAAAUCCGAACGCAUCACCGGCUACUUCAAGAUCCUCACCGGUGUGGAACCGCAGGUGCGUGAUGAAGCCUUCGACAGAGAGGAGAAACUCUUCCGUAAUCUGGAGAAAGCCGUCAGACAGCUGAUCAAAAACCUCAACGUCUAUCUGCUGCAUGCACAGGACAUGAUCGCGUUGGCGGUGCAGGAUGUGGAGGAUUUAGAGGCCAUCAUGAAGGAUCCUGAUAAAAUCGACACCAAUGGUUUUCAGCACAGGAGGAACGGUCACGAUCCCUAUAAACACCUGGUGGAGCGGUUGGAGAGGUUGGUGCUGUCCCCUUUGUCCUCUCUACAGGCCAUGUUCUCGUCCCCUCAGAAGCUGAUCCAGAAGCGUUACGAUAAGCUGCUGGACUCGUGUUCCUCAGGCAGCGAGGAGCAGCUUCAGGCUCAGCGUGACUACCAGGCGCUAAACGAUCAGCUCACCGUCGACCUGCAGCGCUUCAACCACGCCGCUCAGACCAUCCUCACCAACUGCCUGCUCAGUGUCAUCAAGCUGCUCAGGGAACUGACCGAGGGGGCCAGACCGCCCGUACACCAACUUCCUGCUCCUCUGUCGAACAUCAGCGAGGUGCAGAACAGCAUCAUGGAGGAGAUCAGCAACCUGAUGUUCUUCAGAGAAAACUCACAGAGACUGAUGGAGAGGAAAGUCAGCUUUGAGAAACGAGAGAGGAAAAACAUGGCAGUGGAGUGUGUGCAGCCCCAGACGGAGAGUGAGAGGUCCAAGCUGAUCUCUCAGUAUCCUUCUAAUUGUCUGUACGAGCUGAAGAGGAAGUGUAACGCCACUCAGGAUCAGGAUGUCACGCUCCUGCAGGGGGAACUGGUGGCCUUACUGGAGGACCACGACCCGUUCGGCAGCGCCUCCCGCUGGCUCGUCGACACCGGGAGCACGCAGGGCUACGUGUACUCCACCUUCCUGAAGCCGUAUAACCCUCAGCGAGACGUUCACCACGAGCGCUCCGAUGAUUUCGACAAUCUCAGUCUGUUCGUGUCAAGCAGCAGGAGGGGCAGUCACUCCAGCUACAGUCCGUCCACUCCGUCCAGCCAGCAGGGGGAGACACCGAGCACAGAGGACGAGGAGCAGCAUUUCUACGCGGUGUACGCGUUCGUGGCGCGCUGUGAGCAGGAGCUCAGUCUGCAGGAGUACCAGCACGUCCGCAUCCUACAGUUCUCCGACCUCGGGGGAAACAAAGACUGGUGGCUCGCUGAGUCCAACGGCCAGAGGGGCUACGUCCCCGCUAACUACCUCGGCAAGAUGUCCUACGCCUGAGGACACGACACCACACCCAGGCCGUGUUCCAAUAACACACACCCUCGCUCCCUUCCCCUCUUAGUGUCUCUCACUUCAUCAGCAACAGUGAAGUGUGUUACAGGUUACAGGAGGAGUAAAAUAGGGUCCAUCUGCUCCUCUUAACGUCUCCAAAUGCACUGUGGUGGCCUACAUAGUGUACAAUGUGUGGAUUGGGACACGCCCACAGUGGACUGAUGUUUAAAUGGACUAUAUAGUGAAUAGGGGAUAUGUGGUUUGGGACACGCCCACAGUGGACUGAUGAUGAAGUUAUAGUGCACUAUAUAGUGAAUAGGGGAUAUGUGGUUUGGGACACGCCCACAGUGGACUGAUGAUGUUUAUGAUGAGAUGACUCUGAUGAUGUUUAUGAUCAGAUGACUCUGAUGAUGUUUAUGAUGAGAUGACUCUGAUGAUGUUUAUGAUCAGAUGACUCUGAUGAUGUUUAUGAUGAGACGACUCUGAUGAUGUUUAUGAUGAGAUGACUCUGAUGAUGUUUAUGAUCAGAUGACUCUGAUGAUGUUUAUGAUGAGAUGACUCUGAUGAUGUUUAUGAUGAGAUGACUCUGAUGAGAGUUCAAAUCCCAGCACCACCAAGCUGCCACUGCUGGGCCCUUGAGCAAGGCCCUUAACCCUCAACUGCUCAGGUGUGUAAAUGAGAUAAUUCUAAGUCGCUCUGGAGAAGGGCGUCUACCAAAUGCCAUAAAUGUAAAUGUUUAAAUGCACUAUAUAGUGAAUAGGGUGAGUGUGGAUUGGGACGCGCCCACAGUGAACUGAUGAUGGUGGUGUUUAAAUGGACUACAUAGUGAAUAGGGUGUGUGGAUUGGGACGCGCCCACAGUGGACUGAUGAUGGUGGUGUUUAAAUGCACUAUAUAGUGAAUAGGGUGUGUGGAUUGGGACGUGCCCACAGUGGACUGAUGAUGGUGGUGUUUAAAUGGACUAUAUAGUGAAUAGGGUGAGUGUGGAUUGGGACGCGCCCACAGUGGACUGAUGGUGGUGUUUAAAUGGACUAUAUAGUGAAUAGGGUGUGUGGAUUGGGACACGCCCACAGUGGACUGAUGAUGAUGGUGUUUAAACGGACUAUAUAGUGAAUAGGGUGAGUGUGGAUUGGGACGCGCCCACAGUGGACUGAUGAUGGUGGUGUUUAAAUGGACUAUAUAGUGAAUAGGGUGUGUGGAUUGGGACGCGCCCACAGUGGACUGAUGAUGGUGGUGUUUAAAUGGACUAUAUAGUGAAUAGGGUGUGUGGAUUGGGACGCGCCCACAGUGGACUGAUGAUGGUGGUGUUUAAAUGGACUAUAUAGUGAAUAGGGUGAGUGUGGAUUGGGACGCGCCCACAGUGGACUGAUGAUGGUGGUGUUUAAAUGGACUAUAUAGUGAAUAGGGUGUGUGGAUUGGGACGCGCCCACAGUGGACUGAUGAUGGUGGUGUUUAAAUGGACUAUAUAGUGAAUAGGGUGUGUGGAUUGGGACGCGCCCACAGUGGACUGAUGAUGAUGGUGUUUAAAUGGACUAUAUAGUGAAUAGGGUGUGUGGAUUGGGACGCGCCCACAGUGGACUGAUGAUGGUGGUGUUUAAAUGGACUAUAUAGUGAAUAGGGUGUGUGGAUUGGGACGCGCCCACAGUGGACUG